AAAAGCUAGACAGGAAGAAGCCUCAUACCUUAUUGAGAGCGACAAAAGGUUUCAGCUUGAGUUGAUUGACGUGAGUUUGGUCAAAGAUAGGACAUCAGCGACAAAUGAUGACAGAAACUGGCUGAUCUGUACCUGAAAAAAAAUCCACUUUGUUGGUGGCCAGUGGACCAGACCAAAAGGGAAGCAGCACGCACUGAAGAGUGCAGACAAAUGGAUGCCAUGUUAGAUGGGCUGAUAGAGACAGAGCCUCUCCUACACAGAGGACCGAGAGUCGGGCUCCAGUGAUGAUCCUCUCAUCCUUACUCCGCAGGAAGGAGCAACCCGCAACUGGAGUACCACCAAAACAUACAUCUGCACACCUGGACGGACCCCUGCAACGAGACACAGCUGCAUAUUCUUCUCAGUCUUCUUCAUUUACACUCUUUAAGAACUCAUCGACUUGUGAUAAAGUGUGGCACCUUACAGAGGCAUCUUUGAGAGCCCAAGUACUGAGAAAGUUCAUCUUUCAACCAUCUUAAGUGGUGUGAAUGAGGAAUUUUUUGCUUUCUCUCACAGGGGUUUUUCAUCUUUGUGCACAUUGUUCCCAUUUCACACAAGCACCGUAGAGUUCAGAACAGAAAUUUAACUGGGAGAACAGAAAGUUCUGGAUCAGAGUGGAGAAGAGAUCGUUGAACUCGCUUUCUCAGGCACCAUGCAGUCAGAUGACCUCUUCAUCCGCAAGUUUCGCCGUCAGAACAUGCGGCCGCCUAUUGCCACCGUCAAUUUUGACUCCAAACGGGAAGCAAGUGUAGUGGAGUGGCCGCCCAGGAGGGAGGGUGAUGAUGGAGACAGCCUCACUCCGAGCCGUGUGGGGCUGAACUUGAGAUCGGUGGGCCGGGGCCACAUCAUGCAGAGAAGUAACAGCGAUGUAACCUUAGGAGACUUGGACUCCUCCGGGAAGGCAGGGGGCAAAGCAGCUCGGGCGGUUGGUGAGAAGGUGGGUGCAGGGGCUCAGGCGGACUCAGGUGUGCUGCUACACAGGGAAUAUGGCAGCUUGUCCUCACUGGAGAGACAGAUUCAAGCCCAGGAACUGAGCACAGACGACCAGGGGCCCCUGAGUCCAAAUGCACUCCGCUUCAAAGACCCUUUCCUGCUUUUAGGACUCCAGGGCAACCCACCAGAGCCUGAUGGAUUCUUUCGGGGACUGUCUCUUUCCACAGGGGACUCCCCAAAACCUGCCAAGCCGCCGAAGCCUGAAGGUCUAAGUAAGAAGACCAAACCUGUGCCCCCUCAGAUUCCUCAACCAGGUCCGUAUGACAACAUUGGGGGCGGAGCCUGGGUGAGGAACUUUGCCCACUACGAUGUUCAGAGCAUCCUGUUUGACCUCACCGAGGCAGCCACAAACAGAGACAGCAUUGGACGGAAAAAGAAUAUCACCUCAGGGGCUUCAGCUGCCUCCCAGCUACGCCCCCUCUCCCAAGCCACCCCGUCCUCACCUGCACAGGGUGGGGGAGGCAAUGGGGGGAAUGCAGAUGACCCUGAGCAGUCGCUGCUGCUGGACGAAGGUGAUGGCAAUGACAAUGAGCUCCUGCUCAGCUGCCCCCACUUCCGCAAUGACAGGGGAGAAGAGCAGGUGGGUCUGGAUCGAUCCCAGGAGAGGCGAGGACUCUGGUCGAGCCUCCGUACCCCCAAUGAUGCAGUGUCGGUCCUGGAGGAGCCCAGAGAGAGUCAUGUCCAACAGCAGGGCAAGAGCAACUACUUUAUAGAGCAUGCAGAUCUGGGAGCCCAUUACUAUCGCAAAUAUUUCUACAUGAAAGAACACCAGAAUUUCUUCGGCAUGGAUGAUCGCCUCGGUCCAGUGGCCAUCAGUUUCCGUCGAGAGGAGAAAGAAGGAUCGAGCGGAGCUCAGUACAAUUACAGAAUCAUCUUUCGUACCACAGAGAUGAAGACACUGCGAGGUUCCAUCUUUGAGGAGUCAGUGCCUUCUGCUGCUCGUCACACAACCCCUAGAGGCUUGUCUCCCAAAAGGCUGCUGGAGUUCAUCAUGCCUGAGCUGAACCUGCACUGCCUUCGCUUGGCCUCAAACUCCCCCAAGGUCCGGGACACCCUGCUGAAGCUGGACGAACAGGGGCUGAAUUUCCAGCGAAAGGUUGGGGUGAUGUACUGCCGGGCAGGGCAGAGCUCAGAGGAAGACAUGUACAACAACGAGAGCUCGGGGCCGGCGUUUGAGGAGUUUCUGGAUCUGCUUGGGGAGCGGGUGCGCCUGAAGGGCUGGGAGAAAUACCGAGCUCAGCUAGACAACAAGACGGACUCAACUGGGACACAUUCCCUCUACACACGCUACCAGGACUAUGAGAUUAUGUUUCAUGUGUCCACUAUGCUGCCCUACACAGCCAACAACACACAACAGUUGCUGAGGAAGCGACACAUCGGUAACGACAUUGUGACGAUCGUGUUCCAGGAGCCAGGCGCACUGCCCUUCACUCCAAAGUCCAUCCGCUCCCAUUUCCAACACGUCUUCAUCAUCGUUCAGGUUCAUGAGCCCUGCACUGACAACACCUAUUACAGGGUGGCUGUGACACGCUCUAAAGACAUGCCAUUAUUUGGCCCACUGUUUCCUAAGGGCGCUCGAUUCCCUCGCUCGCUUGCCUUCAGAGACUUCCUCCUGGCAAAGGCAGUGAAUGCUGAAAAUGCUGCAGAGAAGUCAGAGAAGUUCCGCUCCAUGGCCACCCGCACACGGCAGGAAUACCUGAAGGAUCUGGCUGAAAACUAUGUGACCACCACACCCAUCGACUCCUCCACCAAGUUCCCCCUGCUCUCUCUGGGAAGCAAGCGCAAAGACAAGCUGAAGGGCACCAAAGGGGCUGAGCUGCACAGUGCCGGGGCUCUGGUGUGGGCCGUGAUGGUCAACAGCGGAGAUGAAGGGGAGGCAGGAGAGCACAGGCUCCCCUGUCUGCUCGGGGUGUCAGCUGAGUCGGUGGUGCUCAUUGAGAGGUGCACACGCAGGGUGGUGUUUAACUGCUCCUGUCGAGAUGUCAUCGGCUGGAAGGCAGUAACAGAGACUAAGGAGGGGGGGCCCUGCCUGGAUAUCUUCUAUGAGCGCGGGGAGUCAGUGUCAAUCAGUGUGAUGGAGAGCCAGACAGAGGAUAUACGAGAGGUGGUGCAGAGGCUAGAGCUGGUUACCCGGGGCUGUGAAGCUUUUGAGGUCACCCCCCUGCGUGAUGGAGUCGGGCAGCCCGGCUUCCUGAUGAACGAGGAGGGCUUUGUGACGGAGCUGCAGCGGUUCUGUUACGCUGAGAGCGGAGGCCUGCAGCUGUGGGCUCGUGUGGUGCGGCUGUGCGGACACUCGCUGGUUCACCUGACCACCGAGGAGAGGACCAAGCUGCUCCGCACUGCGCACAAGAUCCACAUCACUGUCAUCCCACCGGACGAAAACGGCAAGCCUCGCAGAAGUUUCUCUGAGCUGUACCAGAAAGCCAUCAAGGAUGCAGAGUGUAAGCCCGGUGAGGAUCAGUCCGGAGAGGCCUGGGUGCUGGACGAGAGGGAAGAAGCAGAGGAGGAAGAGGAGGAGGAGGAGGAAAAGGAGGAGGAGGAGGAGGAGGAGGAAGAGGAGGAGGUGAGGGAGGACAAGCUGAAGGCGGGUGGGGUCAUUGAAGCGGACAUAAUGGAGGUGCAGGUGGAGGCCGAAGAGGGCGAAGGGCAGUCGUGUGAUAAAGGGCAAAGUGAGAGAAGUCAUGGCUCGCUCCUCACACCGCCCAGCUUGCCUUUGUUACGGGCCACUUCUCUGCAGGACCAACCAGCCAAUCAGAGCCAGGAAGGCAGCGCCUCGCAGCUCACACGCAGCUGCUCUUUGGAGAGACAGCCGUCCUACAGGGAUACGUGUGAUGGGCACGUGUACGACAACGUGGGGCUGAAGGGGGAACGCCACAUCUAUGAGAACGUCGGCGAGCUGAGAGACGCCACACCUGAUCUGAUCCUGGCUGUCAAACCCAAGGUUCCCCUGGAGGACGAACAGUUCAUGGGGGCUGAUUUUGGUGAUGACAAAGCUUCGGCCAGUGACUCGUCUUCCCGGCUGUCAUGUGUCGACCGAGCUGAAAGAAAUUCACGAGCCCUAAGUCUUCAUAACUCCAUUACCAAGAUUCUCUCAGAGACGACAGAUUCGACUGAGGAGGAGUGGCAGUCCAUCGCUGACCUGGCCACAGCCUGCCGCAGCAUCCUGGAGGCGUUGUCACGAGAGGACCGUAAAGCCGGAGACCCCUCCCAAGCAGGAGACCAGACAGACAGCAAGCUGAAAGACUCAAAGGAGAGUGACUCUCCAGGCCACCUAGAAGAGAAAGUAUCGCAGCUGGAGGCCAUGCUGAGGAAGCUCCAGGAUGACCUGCAAAAGGAGAAAGAGGACAAGGCGGUGCUGCAGGCCGAGGUGCAGAGCCUCAGGCAGAACAACCAACGGCUGCAGGAGGAGUCGCAGAGCACAGUGGCUCGCCUCAUCAAAGUCACCGAGCUGCUGUGCAACGUCAACAAGCCCUGUUAGCUCCACCACUGCACGCACAAACACACAAAUCAGCAGAAAGAUACAAAUCGUACAACAUGCUUGUGCGUUCAGUAUUCUUAUUUUGUUCAUGCAUAUUUGCAAAACCAGACACAUGCACACAUAUUCUCUUCAAUCUGUGUAUUACCACAGUCUCAAUCCUGAAUCCUGGACCUGUCUGUUGGUGGGGAAGUAUGCAAAUCUGAUGAAAAAGAAAAAAAUGACAUUUUCAACAUCCCAUGACCUUCAUAGACUGACCAAUGUGCAGCUCUCAGGCUGCUGUGUUGGUAUACUAUGCCAGAGUGCUUCUCCUGGUGUAUAUGAUACAGUAUGUGCGUGGAUAUGUGCCGUAUGUGUGCGUGCGUGUGUGUGCAUCUGUAUGUGUUCAUCUCUUACUGUACCUUGCUUCAAAUACUUGACAAGCUGGGCUGAAUAGCACUUGCAUAAAAAAGGGGCAAUUAAGACUGAGAGACACUGUAUAGCAUGUUUGGUAGUGUCUUAUUUGAAAUGACCAAAAGUGUAUAUAUAUAUCACCAAUAAUAUAUGUGAACAGUAGUAUUGCUAUCCUCUCUGCCAGACUGUGUAGUUGCAAUGUGUGAGUGUGGUCCUGCCUGGCGCUGAUAGUGUGGAAGGCCUAGAAACAAAACACAAGAAAAAAAAGGGAACAUGACAAUGACAAGCCUGCAGGCAGCCUUCUACUUCAAAAGACGUAAUGAUGCUAACUGACUCCCUCAGAGCAAGGUCUGUUACGUAAGGACAUCAUUCUCUGCCCUCUUCACUUCUCAGUAGUACUGUAUUUAAGAAAUUCUGGAGUUAAUUUUAAAAAAGAAACAUAAAUGAAAAGGAUGUAAACUGGAAAUGUAAAAAAAAGAAAAAAAGAAGAACAACUGAGCAUGCUUGUUCCUCCUGGAAGUAUGUAUGAAAACAAUAUUGAAGUGAUACUGAAAAGGGUCAUACCUCUCCUGAAGACACAGACAAUGGCAGGAAACAACUGCUUCAGUUUCCUUCCAUGAUUGCCUGUAGCUGUUUUCUUCUAACCUCACUAUUGUAGCAGCCAUACUGUAGAAGAUCUCCUGCUGGCCUGAACCACAAAAUGCCAAAAGGCAGCUUUUCUUUCAGCUGGCAAAAUAGCUUUAGGUGUCUGAAUAAAACACCUUGAACUAAUAGUGAAAUACAGAAUAUUGUAUUUAAAUAUGUUUUGUGUUUAGCGGAUGUCUACAGUGACUAUUUUGGGUAAUUGUUUAGUAUGGCUUUUGAGUGGUAGCGGUAAGGACAGAAAUCUUACCAUUCCACCCUGAUGUGUGUUUGUGUGUUUCUGUGUCGUUCUUGCACUUUUUAAAUUUUUUAUUUGUAAAAUUAGCCCUGGACAGAGCACAUACUGUACUUUAUUUAGCCUGCCCAGGUUAUGUCUUGCUCAACAUAAGAAGGUGGAUAAGAUCACAUCCCCCUGACACCACCUUACCUCACCUUUUUGUGUCCACUGCUGAUGGCGCCAAUAACAAACAAGUUCAGAGGAGUCGGACUGCUUCUCCUCAGUGCCAACAAAAAAGCCCAGGCAGCUCUCCUGAAUCCCACCGAAAUCAGACAGAACUCACUCGACCACAAACUAAACUCCAACUACAAACUCUAAACUCCGACAAAAAGGGAUGCCAAACGUUCGCCAGUCACUCGGACUCUGUUUCUUGUACAAACUUCCUCUUGUAAUUUUAUUUUAGAGUCACUGUGAAUACCUGGUACCAGCAUAUUAAGAUACAGUAUAUACAGAUUAAAUUAUGAAUUUAAACUUUAUCAGUAUGUGAAGAUACUGUAUGUACAGCUGAACUGUUCCAUGUUACUUAGUGCAUUGGGUUGUGUAUGCCCUCCUUUUGCAGGAUGAUUAUGCAGACAAGUGUUAAUUGUGGCCAUGCAGGCUCCUGUUUCAUCUCCUGUACAUGCUGAAGCCUCAUGACUGAACAGGGAAAACAUUGGUGUGAGAAGACCUGUUUUACUGUGUCUUGUAUAGUUAUUUAGAUUGUAGGAGGUUGGUCAAGCAUGAGAAUGUGCCAAGCAACUUCCAAGCUCCCCUCUGUAUGUGUGUAUGUAUAAAAAUGUAACUUAUUAAUCAUGCAAAUGUGGAUUUUCUUGUAGCUAUUUAAACUGGAGGGAAGUCUUGAGGAAAGAAAUGUGAAAUAGGGCAGAAAGGAAAUGUGGGCUUGGUUAUAAAUUUUAGUUUCUUUUGUAGAAAACCAACAACCAUGAUAUGACAUGACAAUACUAUCUGCAAAUCUUGCGUAAUGUGACUAUGGUUCUUAUUAUCAUUCUAGUAUUGAGCUAUUUCAGCCAUAGCUCUUACGUAUUUAAUAAGGUCUUAAAACACCAUUAGGUACGCCUUAAUGAGUGAAACUCUUCUUUAAGAAUGGACGGUCAAACUGGUCUUACUGGUGUUAUGUGAAGGCUUAUUUCUCUGACUUUGUGCCUACCUGAAAAUGUAAUGUAUGUUAACCCAGCGUAGUGACCUCAUUUCUUUGUCUUUGGUUGCACUUACUGAGGUUUUUUAGUGGCAGAUGAAAGAUUUUCUAAGAGACCGUCGCAACAUCUGGUCUUUCAUCCGCUGUGCGAGGAAAAGUCAUUGAGUAACACAUGAUCUGACAGAAAAGAUAAUAAUAAUAGAUGUGUGUUGUUGGUCUGAAGAAUCACUGAAGCUCAAUGAGUACCACCGAUUGUUCAAAGAAGCAAACCGACAAAUAUAUGAUGAUUUUUAAAGGAGAAUUAAAAGGAAAAGGGUGCUUAAAAUGACUGAUGAUGCAUUGAAAUCAAGUUUAAGUUGAAAUGAAUGUGUUGAAUGUCGUAUGCUUCACCUAAGGGAUGAUUAUUUUGGUAUUUAAAAAUAAAUUGUCUCAGAAAAUCCAA